GAAUUUAUUGAAUCGGGCUCGGAAUUGCGAAAGUUUAGCAGGUGCUUUUCCGGUUUGUCGCCAUUGACUCGGAAAAUAAACAGAAAUCUGAGAACUCUGCAAGAAGUCUAUUACAAAGACAACCAUGAGCCACAAGGCCAUCGACAGGCAAGCGUCAAAAAUGACAACAGCAAGUUCACCUGCGAGUGGAGACUCAAAGGAAAAGAAAAGUGUUGCAAGAAAAAUCCGAAGCAGUGUUGCAAGCUUCUUUGGUAUUGAAGACGAUGAAGAAAAGUCCAAAAUUCACCAGGAAAGAUGGAGAAACAGAAGACUCCACUAUUACAAAAAGCAAAUCAAACCAGAAGAGCUGGAAAAAAGGGAUUUAGGACUGAAAGAUGAACUGGAUAACUCAACCAUCAAAUACAUCCAUGAUCCAUACAGAAUGCCAGGAUCCAGAAGAACUACUCCCCUGUCAAGCACCAGCACUUAUGCCAGAGUCAAUAGACCCUCUAAGAGACUCAGAAAAGAAUCUGUUGCCAAGAUGACUGUCAAAGGCAUCUUGACUGUGGCUGGGAUGAGAAACAAGCUAAGAAAGAAGCCCCAGCAGAAAAGUUUUGGACCUGGAAGUUACACGGGGGACUACCCGGAUGAUCUCUCAGCUAGUAUCAAUUAUCAUCAACAUGAAGAUGCAUUUAGCUUGGUGGAUGAUGUUUUCUACGAUGAACCAAUAGCACCACCAGAGAAGCCUUUUCAUAAGAUGACUAGCAUUGGAGAGGAAGGAGAAUAUGAACUCCCUAGAGGUGGAUGGGGUAAAAGUAGGACUCAACCUAAAGGUAGGCCAUCAGGAUAUGAGGAUGGAGAGUUUGGACUCAGCAGAAUGGAACCAGAGGUCGUGAACUCAAUUACAGCCAAUGACAAACGUGAAGUAGGAAUGGGAUUUGUGGGUCGACUUUUCAACAGGAGCUACAGGAGUGAGAGAAUGAAUUCAUAUGUGAAGACCCAAAUUGACAGCAUUGAUGACCACAGGCCAUACUUUACGUACUGGGUGACCUUUGUACAGACCCUGAUCUUCAUUGUGUCCGUGGCUGUAUAUGGCAUUGCUCCAAUUGGAGUUUCAGAGACAGAGACCAGAAAGAUUGUAUUAAAACCCAAUCUGGCCUUUGAGACGGUGAAAUAUACUGAAAAAGAUAAUUUGUGGAUUGGACCUAAACAGGCUGACUUGAUACACUUAGGGGCUAAGUAUUCUCCAUGUAUGAGAAGAGAUGACAAUAUAUGGGAAGGAAUCUACAAGGAUAGAGCUGAGGAGAAAGAAUCGGCGUGCUGUAUCAGGGACGACGGAUCAGGAUGUGUACAGUCUGUCAAAACCAAAUGUAGUACUGUGCUGUCAACAUUUAACAAGUACAAUGCUACUACUGCUGCCACAAACAAUGGGUUUACUGCAGGCUCUGUGUGUGGUCAAGACCCCAAGUAUUGUAAUAAGCCAGCAUCUGUAGCACCCUUUGAGUGGGAUAAAUCAGACAUUACUAAAUGGCCGUAUUGUGAAGACACUGGAAAACCUGUGUCCAAUGUAUCCUCCAAAAUAGAUAGACACAUGAGUUGUGACAUUACGGGACGUCCAUGUUGUCAUGGCAUCCAAGGAGAGUGCAUGAUCACCACCAGGGAGCACUGCAACUUCAUUAAAGGGUACUACCAUGAAGACAAAUAUCUCUGCUCUCAGGUCAACUGCUUGGGACAAAUCUGUGGAAUGAUGGACUUUGCAGAUGAAAAUAAUCCAGACCAGUUUUAUAGAUUGUGGACUUCUCUAUUUUUACAUGGAGGAUUAUUCCAUCUUGUAAUUACAAUCGGUUUCCAGUUCCUCGUUAUGAGGGACAUUGAGAAGCUGACUGGCUGUAUAAGAUUGGCCAUUAUAUACCUAGGAAGUGGAGUAGCAGGGAAUUUGGCCAGCUCCAUUUUCCUUCCUUAUCAUGUUGAGGUUGGACCCGCUGGCUGCCAGUUUGGAAUCCUGGCCUGUCUAUUAGUGGAGGUCCUACAGAGCAUUCAGAUGUUAAAGAGACCAUGUCUAGCCAUCCUGAAAAUCGGAGGCUUUAUUGCUUUCUUAUUCAUUCUUGGCUUGCUCCCUUGGAUUGACAACUGGGCCCAUGUGUGUGGUUUCCUGUUCGGAUUCCUGCUGGCAUUUUCAUUACUCCCGUACGUGUCCUUUGGGGAGUUUGACAGACGGAGAAAGAUCAUCGGAAUUAUUUUAUCCCUGGGAGGGGCCAUUUUCUUGUUUAUCAUUCUUGUGGUGUUGUUUUAUGUAUUGCCUUUGUACGACUGUCCUGGGUGUCAGUACUUUAACUGUAUACCGCUUACUGAUGACUUUUGUAAAAACAUGGAGGUCAACAAUCAAAGGGAAUCCACUUACAGUUCCUAUCUCUGACAUUUUCUUAGUAAUGAAUAAAUACAGAAUGUGGCUUUGAUCACAUACUUUCUACACAAAUUUAGGUAUUUACAAGGGAUUUUUGUUGGUUUUGUAGACAAAUACUUUAUUAAUUUAGUUACAAGUUUGUUGUACACUAACAUGCAUUUUUUUAAAGCAGGCAGUAAUAUAGCUGUGUAUGCAUAAUAUUUAUAGAAGAGAUUCAAAGAGUUGCAAAAUUUCUUUUGAUAUUUUAUUUAUGAUUUUACCCUUUCUGUUUUUUUUUGUUUUUUGUAUUUUUACAAUAGAUAAACAUUUUGAAAUAGUGAAAAAUUCUGUUGUUUUUUCUUACACUUUGAAAGGAAGGAAAAAUUCUCACUAAGAAGAUUUAAUCCAUUGAUUGAAAUAUGCAUUAUCAUUAUAAGUCCAUUAUCAUGAAUUGUCAUGAAAAUAAUGGGAUAAGUUAAUUGAAAAUUAAAUAGAUAAAUUUCAUGAAGUUGACUUUCAUCUAAACUGCUUCUGUGACAAUUUUCAUUCAUUGUGUCUUUCUGUUUUCUGUUUCUUCAAAACAUGGACUCC